ACGUAGCGCCUAGCCAAACUCACUGUGCCGCCUUACGAGUCGAUGGAAUCGGUAUAACUUCCCAACUUCAUUACAAUUAUUGCUUUUGAUUGGAUAAUCUUCACGACGCCGAGGAGCUGGUCGAGCUGCACCGCAUUAUGGGUUGGCACAGUCCCAUCUGCGGGACAUCCCUUCCGCACAAAUGUAUAUGUAUGCAGCCUGGUCUCCCCUAGAGCUUUUGAAGAUGGGAGGCCCAAAAAGAGGCCAUCCGUCCGGCGCGUCGCAAGAAUUAUUCAUCCCCUUUUCUUCCUUCUAUAAUCUCAAGAAUACCAAUAUCUUAUAUACCUGCUCAAUUCAAACACCUCAUUGUCUUAUUGUUUUAUAUCCGUAGCGUUAUUCCCCUUGUAUAAUACGGUGUACAGUUAAUGUAAGUGCGAAAAAGGGAUGCGGGGCCAUUUUCCACCUUAACGAUCCUUCGCCGCCAACUUCAUAUCGCACUGCCUCGUUUAGUUAUAUAUCGACCCUAACAUAACAAUUAAUAGUUUUCGAAGCUUCCUUUCCCAUAGUUUCUACAGCUGGAUCGAAUAUCGUUUAUGCGGACGAACAGGAGGAUUACUGAGUGACAAUGUCUGGUCAAUACUAUCCCCCGCCCCCAGGUGCGGCUGGACCUCCAGCGACAGCACCGCAGAAGAGUUAUCCGCCACCACCAACCUCCCCUCCCGCGAACCAAGCCAAAUUCUACCCACCACCACCGGGCACGCCCAGCUACCCCCCGCCUCAAACCCAAAGCUAUCCUUCACCUCCGCAACAAUCCUACCCAGCUCCUCCACAGCAGAGCUAUCCCGCGCCACCACAACAAGGCAUAUCGCCACCCCCGAAAGUCGGAACCCCCGUAUACCAACCCCCGCCUACGCAACAGCCGCAACACGUAAACCUCCCCCUGCGAAACGACGGCUCCCCCACCCCGCCAAGCGGCGCGGCGCCUGCCUACGGCGAUGUAGUCCCGAACCCGCCUGACGGGUAUCCGAAUGAAAAAGCCCAGAGUAUACUCGGCACGGGCCCGCCGCGGUCGCGCGCUACGUCUACGACUACGACGGCGCAAUUCCAGGGUGCCUCAGCGACGCUCGACGAUGUGGGUACGUUUAACGGCGGGUCGUACCGUAUCAGCCAUCGAGAUUGUAAUACCAUUAUCACGAUCCAGCUCGCGAUGGGGUGUCCGAUUAACGCCAAGCCCGGGGUUUUGAUUGCUAUGAGUCCGACUAUUACCCUAAAAGGCGAGUAUAAGUUUAGCAUGAAGAAACUCAUGGCUAGUGGGGGUGAAUUUGGGCAUUCGACUUUUAUUGGACCGGGAGAGUUACUGCUGGCGCCUAGUAUGUUGGGUGAUAUGACUACGAUCCGGCUUACUGGCGAUGAGUCUUGGAGUGUCGGGAAGGAUGCGUAUGUUGCCAGCACGCAGGGCGUUAUUCGUGAUUAUAAGAGGCAGGGCUUGGGGAAGGCUAUGUUCAGUGGUGAGGGGCUAUGGGUUCAUAAGAUUAGCGGUGUUGGACUGCUUUGGAUUACGAGUUUUGGUGCUAUUAUCCGUAAGGAUUUGGCGGAUGGCGAGAAGUAUAUCGUCGAUAAUGGUCAUUUGGUGGCUUGGAAUGUGAAGUAUGUGAUGGAGCGCGUGGCCAGCGGUGGUAUUAUCGGUGGGUUUGCUAGUGGAGAAGGUCUUGUUUGCAAGUUUACGGGGCCUGGGACUGUGUUCCUCCAGACGAGGAAUCCGAGAUCUUUCAGCGCGUACAUGACGGGCAAUGCUGCACCGCCAUAAAUUUUACGCUGACAUUUUGUUUCAAUAUCCAAACUUAUGAUUGAUGGUUUUUACGGCAAGCUCCGGACUUCGAGAUGUAUUUGGCUGGGUAAUUUCCGCAGAAAAUCAGCACUGGGCGGUUCAUGAAUAUGAUAUCUUUGACUCCUUCAAUUAGCGAGGACUGAUGUUGUGUUAAUCGAGAAUAUAGUCUCAUUCAUACUCACUGCUUCGUCCAGGUGAACCGCGAUAGCUUCGAGUAUCUAAGGAAUGUAUCUAGGCAAUAUUAUCAACACUUCGCCUAAGGAACUUAAAGUAGCUUCGCUUAAAACUACGAGAUUCCCUCGUAAGGCAGUUGUAAGCUAUGAAAUACCUGUCUCUAGUCAAUCGUUCCUGCCCAUAUGUAGUAUGCUAAUGAUGCCACUUUAGCUUUACUAAGACUCAUUACGUAACCCAUCUUCAGGGCGCACUUGCCCCCUAUUCUAGUAAUACAAUUACCACCAUGCC